GUUUGACAAGUGAGGAUCGAAAAAGAAAAUCGGGGAGAAAAAUAAAAAUGAAUUUUUCACAAUUUUUAAAUAUUAUCGCCUUUAUGGCCACAGUGCAUAUAGCACAAAGUCAAGAUUAUUGUAAUGUAAAUUUGUGUAAGGGAAGAAGGCAUGUAGCAUGUAAUACGUCCGGUCUAUUCUCGUCAUAUUGCCCAAGUGAUAGACAUAUCGUUCGCAUAACACCAGAUCAAAAGCAAACAAUUCUCAAUACUCAUAAUUAUUUAAGGAACAAGAUUGCAUCGGGUGGUAUUAAUGGAUAUUGUCCGGCUAGUCGCAUGGCAACGAUGCAAUGGUCAGAUGAGCUUGCAUACUUAGCAACCUUAAAUGUUCUUCAAUGCACAAUGAAGCAUGAUUCUUGUCGCAACACGUGGCAAUUUAGAUUCGCUGGACAGAAUUUGGCAUGGCGAGGACAGUCAUGGGCAUUUGAGGAUGUGACAAGUGUUAUGGUGAACAGCAUGUUAAUUUGGUUCAAUGAAUAUUCACUGACUGAUCAACGUGCAAUCGACAAUUGUUGUGGAUGGAACUUCCACGACAUCGGACAUUUUACACAAAUGGUUUAUGAUCGUGCAACUUACGUUGGAUGCGCGUUCGCUCGAUACACCGACAGCUACAAAACAGGUCUAUUUGCAUGCAAUUAUGCAUCCGGAAAUAUACAAGGAUAUAAAAUAUAUAAAUGCGGUAAGGCUGCAGAUGGAUGUUUAUAUGGUAAAAAUCCAAGCUAUCCAGCUCUCUGUAAUGUUAAUGAGCCAAUUGAUCCCAAUCAAAUUUAUUGAUGAAACUUAAAACUUAUUGUUUAAAAAAAAGUCUCAUAGAAUUAAGAAUGAAGUGGGAAUCGAUUGAAGAGUGCGAUAUCAUUUUUGAGUACCCCAGGUGCAAACAGUUUUCUUCUUUCCAUUCUCCCGAAAGAAGCGCUAAUGUUUGUU